AUGGCAGACUCGACGGUUCAUACUUACAACCCCUUCGUCAAGCGUUCGUCGUAUCAGCGUAGCUCAAUCUGGGCUUACCAGGCUGCCAGCACGAUCUCCUGGCUGCUCGUCGUUGGUAUUGGUAUCUACUCGGGCACCCAUCGCAAGCACCACGGCACGCCAGAGAAGGGAGAUGGUGAUGCCCUCCACGCCCUCGCACACGACGACCACCUCAAUGCCUUCUCUCAGACCAAGGUCGUCACCGGUAUAUACUGGAUAAUUCUGCUCAUCUCUCAGCUGGGUUAUAUCGGUCAGCUCUGGAGCUCAGAUGAACAGCACGUUACUACGGCCGCCAAUGUGGCUCCGUACUUUGUGCUCAACAACCUCUUCGUUCUGGCCUUUACCUUGCUCUUCACCCAUGCUAAGUUUUGGUGGGCUGAGGUCUUUGAUAUCUUCAGCUUGAUCAACCAGGCCACUCUCUACUGGAGCUUCCCAGGCCUGCACCCAUUCAUCCACCUGCCAGUUGCGGCUGGACCAUAUGCCUGGUCUCUGCUCACUCUCUUCUGGAACGGUGCCAUAGCUGUUGGCGGCAACAGUACCCCCUUGAGACUUGUGGCCAAUGUCUUCAUCUGGGUAUUCUUUGUCUUUGGACAGGCUCACAUCGUUAUCCGUAACGAUCAGUUCUUUGGAUACGCCCUCAGCUUGCUGACCUUCUCUCUCUCGCUCAAGCAACUGGCUAUCAAGAUCAUCUCUCUGCAGUGGAUCUUUGCCUUUAUCAUCUUCGGUAUCUUCGCUGCUUCAUCACUUUACAGUACUGUUACCAACUUCCUCGGCCUCAACUUCUUCCUCAUUCCCCACGAGGAGCCAGAACAAGGCGACCGUGAGCGUGAGCCUCUUCUCACCAACGAGUAG